AUGAACUCAAAGCAAGACGUCAUCUCGGUCGCAAGAGAACAUCAUCCUCCAGGUGGGUCAAGUCCCGGUCGGUCUACGACCAAUAAGCCAGCAAUCGAGAGAAAUGGACCGGUUAAGAAGCGUGCAUCUCAACUCGGCACGAUGGCGCGAAAAAAGCGCAAGAGUCGUUUAGCAGACAUGAGCGCAGACAUAACAGCACAACCCGUCAAACUCAAUACUCUUGAGAAGUCUAAACUGGACUGGGAAGCUUACAAGGGAAAUAUCAUGCAAACCGAAGGUAAAGAGACGAUGUCUACUGCUGAGCGUGAGGAGCUGGAGGCACAAACACAUGGGGGUGGGAGCGGACUCGCAGAUGUCAAAGGGUAUCUGCAUAGGAAGGAGUUUCUGGAUCGCGUCCAUGACCGCAUCAACACACAGGAAUAUGAAGCGCGUUACGCUAAAAAAUGA